AUGAGCUCCGGUGGCCCGUCGCCCGACGGCCGUAUACCCCCGGCGGACGGCAACUCCGUCGGCAUGUUCAGCUCGGACCGGAUCGGCGGCUUCGGCUACGGAGUCGGCGUGUCCGUCGGCAUCCUCCUCCUCAUCACCACCAUCACCCUGGCCUCCUACUUCUGCACCCGCGCGCCGCCUCCCGACGACGGGACACCGUCUCCGCGUCGGGGACACCGGCGACGCCGCCGCGAGGGGGAUGCCGGUGGCGACAAUGGGGGCGUCGAAGUCGACGACGUGGAGCUCGGCAUCGACGAGGCCACGCUCAAGGGGUACCCGGAGGUGGUGUACGGGGAGGCCAAGGCGAGGAAGAAGAAGCUGGGCACCACCUGCACCUGCUGCUCCGUCUGCCUCGACAACUACGGCGACGGCGACGUGCUCCGGAUGCUGCCCGACUGCGGCCAUCUGUUCCACAAGGAGUGUGUCGACCCCUGGCUCCGGCAGCACCCGACCUGCCCCGUCUGCCGGACCUCGCCGCUGCCCAGCCCCUUGCCCACGCCGCUCGCCGAGGUCACGCCGCUGGCCUUGGGCAGGCCGUCGUCGUGA